UUCAGUCUACGCCGAGUCGUCACGCGCGUUGGUUAGGUUAGUUGGAGUUAUCUUCUAGUUUUGGAUUUUUGCGUUAAUCAUUUAUCCGUUUGCUUUUGUUUAACUACGUGAUAUAAAACAACUGCGGAAAACGUGUCUGAUUCGGCAAAAAUUGUGUAAAAAUUAUUGCAGUGAUAACAUGGGUGAUUUGGUAUUACACUUUGUAUGAGUGCGUUGCUCUCGAUUCGCCCGGAUCAACGAACAAGUGAAAUGAUAAUGACGAGUGUCGCGUGUUUGAUCGUUCCUCUUCCAUUAUUAUGUUACUGUUGAUUACUCUUCUGUUCUGUACCUUGCUGCACAUCAUUCAUUCUACUACAGAAUAUUCAGGAUUGUUAGAUAUUGGACAGGAUUAUCGAUCAGCUCUUUAAUUACGCGACAUGGACUUCGUAAUAUUAAAGGUGAAUGGACAGGACGUUUCGAACUCUAGUCACGAAGAUGCCGUGCGUUGUUUCCAAUCGGCUCAGGAGCCAAUUAUUGUUGAAGUUCUUCGACGCCAACCUGGCGGGCAACAACAAAUUUGUCACACGCCUCUGAAGGAGCACGAGAAAAUCGCAUGUCCGGACAAGAGCGAGGAAACGACGAACGAGAAGGUUCCAGCGAUAGACGAUCAAAUAUCCAGCGACGAUGUUAAAAAGGACACGACAUGUCUUUUGGUGUCGACCGCGGUUCAAACUGACUGGGCUGGUCUCAUAGAGGAGGAGUUGCUUCCGAUUCCUCUCGUUGAGGAACAAGCGAACGACAGCUUCGAAGACUUUCUUACUCAUGACAUUGAUUUUGAGGAGGUGACGUUGCGGAAAAGCGGAAGUGCGGAGAAGCUCGGGCUGACAGUGUGUUAUAGCUCCGGUUCCGGCAGCGAGGACGCCGACACAGAAAUUUAUAUCUCGGAAAUAGUUCCUGAAAGUCUUGCAGCUCGAGACGGGCGAUUGCGAGAAGGAGAUCAAAUUCUGCGGGUCAAUGGCAAGGAUGUCGCGAACAAGGAGCAAACGGAGAAUUUGUUCGCGGAGACGAAAAAUGCGGUGACAAUUCUCGUUAGCCGAUGUGUAUAUCAAGACGACGAAUACAGUGACAGGCGCAUCUAUCAUCAAGAUUCACCGCCGCUUUCGCCCGAGAAUCUACCGGCAUAUCAGAAUAGCAUGAUCGAGCAGCUGAUCCGUCAGCAACAGCAGCAAACGGAGGAACAUUCCGAUGAGAGCGAGGUGACCAACUGCACUGUAAAACCGGCUCCACCCAUACCUUCUCACACACAGCAGCAGCAGCAGCAGCAGCAGCAACAACAAUCGGCAACCAACAUCUUCUCCACGAAUUCGUCAUCCACAUGUUCGUCGCAAAAUUCGCAAAAGUCCGGCAAGAGCGCAAUCUCGCCGGCGCAUCACACGGAGGAGCGUAACAACGCGUCCAAGGAAUGGAUGCAGGAUACCAUCAAGGAUUGCUCGAAGAGACUCGAGAGUGUUUCCUUACGCGGCCAGCAGUCCGCUCCGUCGGCGGCAUCAGCGCCGCCGGUAAAGCUCGUCGAGGCGUACUCGAGCCACGUCUGGAGCGACACCGAACAUAUUUACGAGACGAUACCGGAGUCAGACAGCGAGCCGAUCUACUCGUCGCCGUAUGAGCAUCAUCAAUGGACGCAGCAAUCGAAUCACGCCGUCGCGCACGGCGACACGACGCAGAACCAUCUGGCCGGCUGCGGCAGUCAGCAGAAUCAGAAGUGGCAGUCCUCCUCGAAAAGCAACAGCUCUGGCGAGGAGAAGGACAGUUCGAGCGCGUACAACACCGGCGAGUCCUGCCAUAGCAAUCCUCUGACCCUGAAGCUUCAUCAGGGCGAGAGGGAUCAUCACAAGAGCACCCUAGUGCUGUGCCCGCCGAAAACACCGCAGCAACAUCAGCCGCCUAAGCUGAGCUGCAACUGUCCCGUGCCGAGUGCGAUGUCCGCGAUGACCAGGGCGAAGAAUCAGAGUAUAAGAAAAAGUUUGUCGUCGCACCAUCACCGCGAUCGCAACGAGCCGUCGAUGAAUGCCAACACGCUGCCAGCCGACACGAUGUACACCAACGUGGCAAAUCUGCAGCAGACGAUGAUGCUGCAGCAGCAGCUGUUCAAGCAGGCCCUCAAUCGUAAGAACCUGACGACCGGCAGGGAGACGCUCACGGGCGGCGCAAGGAAGUCCAAGUCGCACAGCAACUUUCAAGCGCCGAAUCUUACGCAGUACCAAUUCGUCGGCAGCCAGCAGGUGUGCACGUCCGCGACGUUGUUGCCGCCGGAGGACAAGGGCGAGGUGCAGAUGGAGUGGAAGGUGAAAAGGAGAGCGGAUGGAACGAGGUAUAUUGCCAGGCGACCCGUCAGGAAUCGAAUAUUGCGGAAUCGAGCGAUCAAGAUAUCCGAGGAGAGGGCCGGUCACACCACCGAGGACGACACUAUAUCGGAGAUGAAAGUUGGACGUUACUGGAGCAAGGAGGAGCGCAAGCGGCAAUUGGAACGCGCGCGCGAGCGCAAACAGCGACAGCAGGAAUUGCUGCUGCAACAGCAGCAGCAGCCCAAUGAUCUGCUGAUAUGCGAAUACACGGAGGACAAAGUGUCGAAAAAACCGUUGAACAUUGUAGAGCUUAGUCACAAAAAAAUGGCGCGCAAAAAAACGACUCUGGACGAUUUCACCACCGUUCAAGAAAUGUUGGUUCACGGGAAUAGAGUGGGAGCAAGCGGUCCUGGCACAGGUGGGAAACUGAUGGGUCUAUUGUCGGUUACUACAGUAUAAACGAAAAUUCAUGUACCUUCAAUCCGUCAAGUUUAAUCUAAAUACACAACUCGCAUAAACAUGCAUUUCCCACGAUUCUGCGAACAAUACACAGGGUGGUCCACGGAACUCGAGUAGACCACCCCGUGUAGCACAUAUGGUGCGUGCUCGCGCGCAGAAAGAGAGAGAGGGGGGGAGGGAGGGAGGAGGAAGAGAGAGAACGGUCUGGGAAAAAGAGGUUGUAUCCUUGCACAGGGGUGCCAGAACAGAAGAAGCGCCGGAGACAUAAAUACAAAAAAUAUAAACUAAUUUAACACAAAUGACAAAAAAAAGAAAAGACAAAACAGAAAUAAAUUAUUUCAAAAAUGAUCGAAACGUUUGUACGUAUUAACGGGUUGUUAAUAAUAUAAUUUAAUAAAUGAGCAGUGUCAACUAGCUCCGGCUCUAGUAGCUUAAUUUAUUUUCAUUAUAUUGAAUAAUAUACUAAAGAGCCAAAAUCAAUAAUUCUGUUUUUAUUAAUUAAAUUAUUUCAGUCUUCUGCUGAAUAGACGCGAGACAAUUUAAUCAUGAGCUUUUGAGCCUUCGUGGAAAAAAAGGGGGACAGAACGAUAUGCCAAACUGCAAUAAAUCAAUUUAAAUAUAUCGAUAUAAAAGUAAAAUACGGAGAAACUCAAAUACACAUAUGUGGAGUGUUUACAUGCGCAAUUAAUUUUGUAAAUAUCUGCGAUACGUGAUAAUAAAUGUAGAUCGUUUUACACACAUAUGACAAAAAUAUUCUACGGGUAGAAACCGUGAUGAUUAUAGAUUUGUAGAUAUGUAUGAUAAAUAGUAUAUUAACACAAGGCCCGGCGCACAUACAUCAAUAUUCUUUUCCCUUUCGUACAUCAUGGUAGAAAUUGCGGCGAGAAGCACUGUAUAUCCGGAGAUCCAUUGCCUUAUCAUCGAUUUCAACUUACUUUAUACAUACUAGGACGCGUCUUCCCCAUAAAAGCCUAAUAGAAUGGACCUUGUCAGUUCGUGAACGAAAGGGUAGCAAGUUAGCUGUAUCUAGAUACCACGACUCUAUGUAUAUUCAGAUACUGGAACGUUUACAAGUUAACAUAGAUCGAUCGCCGCUUACGUUCGAACUGUUAGUUUAUGUCCGAAAUGUUAAAACUCGAUGCUUUCUUCCUCAUUUUGUUUCGAACUGUUCGAAAUCUUUUGUCUGAAUUCAAAAUGCAUCUUUAAAACAGCUAAUUUUCUGUCUUCUUCAUUGACCCGCAAACCUGAGUGCCACGACGCGUUCUAUUGUAGUAUGUAUAGAGUUCAAUGUUUUCAAUUUGACUGUCAAAUUUUUAAUAGAAAAAUAAUGUUAUUCACAGCGCUACCUGUUAUGCCACGAGUGAUGGCGCUACAUUUUGACCAUUCAUAAAUAUCGACUGUUUACCGAUUAUACAGCGCGGACGCAGCUUUAUGAAUUUUUACACCAUUUUUAUAUAAAACGAGAAUAAACUAAAUACACGAAACACGUAAAAGAUACUCUUAAAAAAAUCUAGGAUAGGAUGUAAAUUCUGUUUUAAGCCUGCGGCACAGAGGGUUUUUCGUGUUAGAUCGCAUGCAAGACGCCUUAUUAACUAAACAUGCUGCGCGAUGCAUGCUUCUGUGUUUGCUAACAUCGAUAAACACACAAAAAAUUUUAGACUGUUGUAAAAAUUAAGCACUACUUUUUUUAACUUAGUUAUAUAUCGUAUGUUGUGGAUAAAGACACCGAAAAAAUUUUUUAUUCUUAGUUUAAAUAAUUUAAUAAAUUAUAAUUAAAAGAUAUUUUAUAUAUUGCCAACAUUACUCAAAGGAAAUUUAUUCGCUCAAUGAGACUCCAAAAAACACAUCCUCGCUUAUUAGAAUAUUAAUUUAUUUAGAGAGAAUAUAAUAUAAUAUUCUAUUCGCAACUAAAAAUGACAAAAGCGAA